GUGUGACCUUUAGUUUGGUUAACUUGAUUGUUGCAAACGCAACGUUAGCAUACUAGCUAGCGUAGCACAAGCUAACUUAGCUAGCACUGGUGUAUUCCAUUCGUUAGCUCGAAUCAAACUUUGCAAAAGUUUAACAACAUUUAUGCAUGUAGUAAACAUUGGCUUAGAUCAAAAUAGGCGGCUUAAGAUGUUAUUUAUCCAGCUAACGUAUCAUUAACUAGUUAACAUAGCCGUUUAUUACGUGAGUGGUCUGGUUUGCGGGUCGCUGGGAAGUGUAAGUUUUAAUGUUAUAAGGUUAGAAUAUGACACACUGAGUCUUUUCUAUUUGCUGCCUCAAAACACCGAAGCAGCAAUAUUUUUACAGACGUUUCCGCCAGUUUUCCGUAAGCAGGUGGGGGCUGUUCAGGUGAGAGUACACGGAAGUGACUCGCCAGCCCGCCUCGUUACAGACCGCAAGUUAAAGAGUCAAAGUCCACCCGUGGCUUACUUAUCAGUUUCUGUCAUACAGCGUAUCUGAGACGCCAGCUUUAUGCGGAUGUUGUAGCUGUACAGUGUUCGUGUGGUGUGUCUAUUUUGGUGGAUUACCUUCGACUUUUAUACAGAACGGCCGCAUUCCUUGUGAUGCAGACAUAGAGAGGCUGACACUGAACGAAGGUUACAUCAACGGGUCACAUCACUACAGGAUGGAGCCUGGUCAGAUGGUGCAGGAGACAUACACAGUGGAGGAGGAACCCCAGGAGUCACUACCUGUUGUCUCUGUGGAGACAAAUGAAGAUGGGUCCACGCGGCGCACAGAAACCACGGUAAAGAAAGUAGUGAAGACCACCACCACUCGCACAGUCAUCCCCUCUGUGUCAGACACACUUUCCCUGGAUGGCGGGGGCUCAGUGACAGGUAUGGGUGGCUACACUACACCCGUGGUCUACAGACAGGGACCCGGAGCUGGGGUACCCAUGGACUACCCUACUCACACUGUGCCCCGCAACUACCACUAUGGACCACCAGGCGGCUACGACGACUAUCGCUCUGGACCCCCAUCUGACACCUACGCAAGCCUUAACAGGGGAGUCCGCAUGGACGAACGCUAUAGACCCGUCCAUCCAGACGGUUACAGAACUCUGGAUCCAAACUACAGAGCCCACAGCAGGAACCAGCUGGACCCCUAUGCUGCUCAGCCACAGGUUGGGCGCAUGGGAAGUGCCAUGGAGCUAUCCUCCAUCCCGAGGUUUGUCCCAGAGCCGUACGGUCUGGAGGACGAUCAGCGCAGCAUGGGUUAUGAUGAGCCAGACUAUGGACUGGGACACCCGAUGCACUACAGCACCGUGCCCCGCAAUCACCACGCAUUCCCUCACGGACCCCCCCGCAGGACUGGGAGUUACGAGGGCACCUUGGAUGGUGACAUGAGCGGUCCAGGGGACAUGUACUAUUGGGGAGGAGGAGCACCGUUGGCCCAGGGUGAAAGAGGUAGCAUGGCUUCGCUGGACAGCACUCUAAGGAAAGGUCCCGGCCCCGGUGGCUGGCGUCAGCCUGAGUUGCCAGAGGUCAUUGCCAUGCUCAACUACAGGCUGGACCCCGUCAAGAGCAACGCAGCUGCAUACCUGCAGCAUCUCACAUAUAAGAAUGAUAAAGUCAAGUCUGAUGUGCGUCGUCUGAAAGGCAUCCCAGCGUUGGUCGCUAUGCUUGACAACCCAAACAAAGAGGUUCACUAUGCAGCCUGUGGAGCACUGAAGAACAUCUCGUAUGGCAAAGAUCCAGACAACAAGAUUGCCAUCAAGAACUGUGACGGAGUGCCUGCUCUGGUCAGGCUGCUGAGAAAGACCCGCGACCAGGACCUCACUGACACCAUCACAGGGACUCUGUGGAACUUGUCGUCCCACGACUCUGUGAAAAUGGAGAUAGUGGACCACGCACUGCACGCCCUGUCCGACGAGGUGAUGGUGCCCCAUUCAGGCUGGGAGCGAGGGAGCAAUGGAGCAGGAGGAGGGGAGGAGAACUGCAAGCCCAGGCAUCUUGAGUGGGAGACGGCCCUCACCAACACAGCAGGCUGUCUGAGAAAUGUGAGUUCAGAGCGGAGUGAAGCGAGGAGGAAGCUGAGGGAGUGCACAGGAUUGGUCGAUUCGCUCAUGUACAUCGUCCAAUCCCAGAUUGACUGUAAAGACGUCGACAAUAAAUUGAUAGAGAACAGCGUGUGCCUGCUGAGAAACUUGUCCUAUCAGGUGCAUCGCGAAAUCCCUGGCUGUGAGCGCUACCAGGAAGCCGUGCCCCUCAACCAAGGCCCCGCCUCCUCCAGUCAGAAGGGUGGCUGCUUCAGCUCCCGCAAGAGCAAAGAUGAGUGGUUUUCAAAAGGUAAGAAAGAUGAGGAUGCCGCUGCAGAUGUAAUAGACAUUCCAAAGAGGACCACACCUGCUAAAGGCUAUGAGCUGUUGUACCAGCCGGAGGUGGUCCGCAUCUACACCUCUCUGCUAAAGGAGUCCAAGAACCCCACUGUGCUGGAAGCCUCAGCUGGAGCUGUUCAGAACCUGUGUGCUGGACGCUGGACCUACGGGCGAUACAUCCGUGCCUUACUGCGUCAGGAGAAGGGUCUACCCAUGAUGACUGAACUACUGGCCCACGGCAACGACCGUGUAGUUCGCGCCAUGUCUGGAGCCCUCCGUAACCUGGCCAUUGAUGCCCGCAACAGAGAUCUACUAGGCAAACAUGCGGUGCCUCACCUCGUGGCCAACCUGCCUGGCGGUGGUCAGAGUCAGCCAGUGCGAGCGCUGUCAGAAGAGACGGUGGUGUCUGUAUUGAGCACACUCCAUGAGGUGCUGGGCUCCAGCCUGGAAGCAGCCAAGAACCUCAGGGCCUCACAGGGAAUCGAGAGACUGGUGCUCACUAACAAGCACGGUAACCGUUCUGACCGGGAGGUGCGUGCAGCUGGCCUGGUGCUGCAGACAGUGUGGGGCUACAAGGAGCUGCGGCGCACUCUUGAGAAGGAUGGCUGGAAGAAGACGGACUUCAUGGUCAACUUAAACCCUCCUGGCAACAACACCAGAGCCAAUGGAGGAUAUGAGGACAGCACUCUGCCGCUCAUAGACAAAGGUGGCAAAGAGGACCGGGAAAUGAUUCCAAUGAAUGACUUGGGACCAGAUGCCUACUCCACACUGGACCAGAGAGGGAGAAGGAACACUCUGGAUAACACACUCGAAUCUGCUGACAAAGAUGGAGUACAGGGUGGGAUGUAUGGGGAGAGGCAGGCCUCUUUGCCUCUAAUGGAUUCUUACGAUGGUUAGGCUACACCCACUGUCACACUGCAUGUCAGUGCAUGAAAAACUGAUUGUGUGCAUCACAAGACGACAGCCUCCUCCCACCUACUGCCCUUGCUGAACUGACAAUGAGGGAUGAAAACACUACCAAUGGGACUGAACUCCAUCCGUAACACUCAGCUUUUCUGUCUCUCUUCACUCUCUUGCAGCUUCUCUCUCUUUCUCUUUAUUACAUUCCUCCAUUGCAGCUGACAAACUAUUGAAACUACAUGGAAAAACUGACCUGGAUCUGCCCUCCCUGUGGACAAACUGGAUAAAACACUAUGACCACUUUGUGCUCCGAGAGUUACUGAACUCCAAAACACUAACCACUUGAUUUGAUGGCUCUGCGACAACACUACACCUCCAUGCAACAACACUACAACUUGCCUGGAGGAGACUAAUCCUCUUUGCGAUGAAAAAGCAGAGACUAUGGCCUCAUUUGAGAACUUUUCUAUCUCCUAGAGGCGUAAGCGUAGCCCAAUUAAACGGAUUAGAAAGAACUGUGGGCAUCAGAAAAGGACACUUUUUGGUGAAAUCUUACAUAAAUUGCCACUACACUAUGUUUCAAAGAAAUUGAGGGAAUGUGUCUUUUUUUCCCCUGUUUCUCUAGUAGUUGAAUACUCCAUCAAAAAAAUAUUUCCUGUCAAUAAGAAUGUGAGUUAAUUAUCUAAUCAGAUAUGUGUAAAGCGUUUGCUUCUGUUUUGGUAGUGGUUAUUCCUCUUCUUGCUUUGCUCUGUACCACAGUAAUGUGCCAAAUGACACUGCUACUGCUGCGACUGCCAAUAUUGAUUGCAAGAACUUUACACACACAGACUUUAUACAGCAUCUACACUGAAAACUGUCAUCUGCUUUGUUUUGUGUGCAGUUUGUGACAGCAGUCUGUUGCCGAGAUGCAUGGGAAUGGAACAUUUUCGGUAUUUGAUUGUGAUCCAUAGAGUGGAGGUCCUAGUAUGGAUAUUCCUACAACUAAACAGAGAGACAGCUUAUUUUCCCCCUCGGCUGGGAUAGACAGUCCUGUCCGGUGCUCCUAAGGUUUCUGUUAAAUGUAAGCCCCUCGACUUUGUAAUACGCAGGAGAUAUCACAGUUUUCAGUGGGUACAUUUCCUUAUUUCCCUUUAUUUGUAGGUCUGUAAUCUUAUGAACGUGUACAUGUAAGAGCAUCUGUGUGGGCCAACUGGAGUGCUUCACUCAUUCAGGAUAGGUUUGAUGGGUUUGUCCAACAUGACAGGGGUAACCAAUCAAGGUAUCUUUUUUCAGCAGAUAACUAACUAGUUGGGAAUACUGUAUAUGGAACUCAGCAGUUUUCUAUUUUGCAAGAUAAUGGAAUAUGUGAACUUUUAUGUAUGUAAGACUUGAUUCUUGUUAUUGGGAUUGUUUUUUAUAAGGUAUAAAACUCUUGAGUUCUGUAUAAUUUACUGCUACCCAGAGCCUGUCUGGCUUUAAGACUACAGAGUAGUACAUGGGAGAAGACACAGUAUUGUGUGUUUUUGCCUGCAUUUCUUAAGUACAGCGCUUGUUCUGUAGAAGAAUGCAUAUUCUUAGUGCCGAGUGAGAUGUAGAUACUUACUGAGUGGAUGAUUAAAAGAAGCACUAGGGGGUAUAAUGUGUGUUUUUCCUUUUUCUUCCCCCUCCUUUUUUUUUCAUUUUUUUCAUUUUUUUUUUUUUUUUUACCAAAAAACCUUUCCUUUAUUUGUUUUCCAUGCCAAUUGAAACACGACAGAGAAUGCCUCGCUUUCUCAAAGCAACAAGUUGCCUUCAAGAGUGUCCUGACUAAAAGAGGAGAAUAGAGGGUAGGCAAGGGUGUUAGAAGAUCCGUGUAGGAGGCAUAGACCAAUCUGCUAGUAGAUAAUGUGGAAAGUAAAAGCACAUUUAAACUAUAUAUACAAGAGAAUAUUUGAUAAUUUUAAUGGUUUUAUGUAUUUCUUUUGUUAUUGAUUUGGGUUUUGAUUGUUUUGGGUGUUCUGGGUGGACGCAUAUGCAAUCAGUUUUUGAUGUUUAGAUUGAAAACAUUCAUGUCUUAAUUAAAUACAAAACGAGUUAGCUCAAUAAAAUCCUCCAACACAGUCAUCAGAUACUGGAACGCGAAUGGAAAAAAUCUGAUCCUGGAUUACACCAUAAUCACUUUGCCUUGGCUCUUAAAGUUGCACAUUCUCAUUUAUGAAUGAAUUAUGUAACUAGCAAUACUGUUUUUAAUAAAAAAGAAAAUGAUUUCUCAGA